GUUUCAACCCAUGAGUGCUCUUCAACUGAAAGACAACGUCCUCAGUCCUAUCAUUCUUGUAUAUACAUCGGUGUGAUGCCUCCACCACCUUCUCUCGCCGCUAGCAACGCCUCCAGAUCAUCUCCAUCCACACCACCACCUUGUCCACCUGCACCAUCGUCUACUCUAUCCAUUUAUGUAACUCCGUCUCCGUCACCUCUCGCAGACGAUGGAGCAGAAGCUUCUGACGCCAGUGACUUCUCUCCAUCCUCGAGUAAUGACGACGAUUCCGACUAUUCUCCACGUUCCAACGAGAAUAAAACCAAACACAAGAAGCACAAGAAGCACCCAGCUAAGAGACGACGGUUAGUACGCGGAGACGACCGCAACAAUACCCGGAAAACAAAGGAAUCAGACAUAGAAUCAGACGAGCAGAACACUAUCUCCACGCCCUCUAAGAAGAGAUCGAAGCAAGACAGGAAGGCCGCAGCAGCCACGUGGGCAGAUGACGGCAGUCUGGAUCUUUACAGACGUCGACUGCAUGAGCUACGUCGAGAAUUUAGAGAUUCCAUUGACGAAUAUAGGAAAACAUUCUACAAUAAUCCAAAACCUGAGGACUACGUUGAAGAAGAAGAAACGAAAACUGGACAAGAUGACGAAAAAGACGAGAAAUUUGUCACUGGACCCAAGUUUUACUCUCCGUGGGACGUCACGGAGACGUCAUCAGGUCUCUUGGUGUCGAGUUACGUCCUAACUCAGUUACUACCGCAUCAACGAGAGUGUCUCGAGUGGCUACACAAGCUUCACGAACGAGGCGUUGGAGGAAUCCUAGGAGACGACAUGGGACUAGGAAAAACAGUACAGCUAGCGUCAUUUCUGGGCUGUCUACAUGGCGCUAGAAGACUACGGACAGUGCUGUUACUCUGUCCAGCGUCAGUAUUGCUACAGUGGGUAAGAGAGCUGCACAAAUGGGCGCCAUGGAUGCGCGUAGUGCUGCUACAUGCUUCCGGAACAGGUGUGAGUACGUCCUUCUCAAGUGAGUGCUAUGAACAGCUGAUAGAGGACGUGUUUCGCUUUGAAGAAGACCACGAGGAGGAUAUAAAUUAUCACAUGUUAAGAGAAGACACCCCGACUGAAGGUGGCGUUGUCGUGAGUACUUACGAGAACGUUCGACAGUAUCAGAGCCUGUUCCUGACAAGAGAAUGGGACUACGUGGUGCUGGACGAAGGCCAUCGGAUCCGCAAUCCGGACGCUGAGACGACGCUGGUCUGCAAGCAGCUACGCACUGUACACCGCAUUAUCCUGUCGGGUACACCGAUCCAGAACAGGCUUCGAGAGCUGUGGUCUUUGUUCGACUUUGUGUAUCCAGGACGUCUCGGUACACUACCAACGUUUGACGACGAGUUUGUACUGCCCAUUCGUGCUGGAGGAUACGCCACUGCGACGAAGAUGCAAGUGCUGAUGGCAUAUAAGUGUGCGUUGGCAUUGAAAGAUUUAAUCCAGCCAUUUCUACUGCGACGAACCAAGCAAGAAGUGUUAACGAAUGACGCUGACAACAAGAUGCUGCCUGGUAAACAAGAGCAGAUCAUCUUCUGUCGACUGACGCAGCGACAACGUGCACUGUACAAGCGCUUCUUAGCGUCGCCCGAGGUGGCGUCCGUACUGCGUCGAGAUAUCCGUCCGUUCCGAGCCAUCUCUGUACUGCGACAUAUUUGCAACCAUCCAGACCUGUUGGCUACGUUUGGUGACGGAGGACUGGCUGAUAAGAAGAGACAGACCUAUGAUGAUGAAGUGGAAGAGUUCGCUAACAUCGCUGGUCUACUGGAUGAAGUGGAUGAAAAAGAAGAAGGAGAAAGUGACGAACCGUUUGGUGCUGUGUCGGCUAGUGGGAAGAUGAUGGUGUUGCAGAAGGUAUUGACACUCUGGAAGGAGCAAGGGCAUCGCGUUCUCAUCUUCACGCAGACUCGCAGUAUGUUGGAUAUUCUAGAGAGUUUCAUGUCCAGACUGGGCCACACUUGUACUCGACUAGAUGGUACAACGGGUGUUGCAGAACGACAGCAGCGGCUAGACGCCUUCAAUGCUCCGGAUAGUAAUCUCUUUGCGUUUCUAUUGACAACGCGCGCUGGAGGGAUCGGCGUCAACUUGGUUGGUGCUGAUAGAGUUGUGGUGUUUGAUCCUGAUUGGAAUCCCUCCACAGAUGUGCAAGCUCGAGAGCGGGCGUGGCGUAUUGGCCAGCAGAAACCAGUGACGGUGUACAGACUCGUCACCGCUGGAACGAUCGAGGAGAAAAUCUACCACCGACAGAUUUUCAAGCAGUAUCUCACGAGUAAAGUACUGCACGAUGCCAAGCGUAAGCGCUGCUUUAACAAACAUUCCUUACGAGAUCUGUUCGUACUAGCGGACGAGAAAGAGGACAACGUUGCAGAGACAAAUGAACUGUUUGUAGCUGGAAACGUUAAUAGACCCGCGGAACUGGAAGACGGAGAGGAAGAGGGCGCAGAAGACACGACUGGAGACAACGACGCCGUAUUGAAGCAAUUGUUUGAUGGCGGUGAUGUGCGUGGAGUUUUUGAUCAUUCAGCAGUGGAAUCUGAUGGUGUACAGAAUCAAGAAGCAGAUCUGGUAGAGAUGGAGGCUACUAAAGUCGCUAAAGGAGCGUUGAGUGCGCUACGAGCGUCAGGUGCUCUUGUGAGACAGCAACGCGAAACUAUCUACACUCCCACAUGGACAGGUCGCUCCGGUGCUGCUGGAGAUCCUUCUCAACGUCGACAGCCUCCAACUCGAGGUCGAGGGAGAGGCAGAGGAGGGAUGUCAUCACGUGAUAUGCUGGCAAGAAUCAAGCAGAGACGAGAUGGGGUCAUAGUGCAGGCGACUCGAGUCCAACCUCGUGCUGGCGCUUCGGGCCCCUCUCAGUCGCCUGUUCCUACUACUCUAAGUGCGAGUGAGAUGACGAGGAGUUUACACACGUUCCUUGUAUCGAAUCCGGCGGGUGUUACGACUGAAAGGCUACUAGAAAGUUUUGCUAGUAUCGUUGCACCCAAGGACAAGCUCGUUUUUCGACAUGUGCUGCGUGAUAUGGCUGUAUGUCGAGGGCGCCGCUGGACAUUGAAGCCGUCUUACUCCGUUUCCGAUGCCCCUUCUUCUGGUUUUGCAAGUUCUACAGCAAGACCGUCCAGUACGCCUCGCCGUCGGGGAAUUUGGUAGCGCUGAGCCGACGUACUGCACUAUUAACUUGUAACAAGCUUUCGUUUAUUGUUAGCAAGAUGCAAGGUGAAGUGAACUGGAGCCGGAAUUCUACUAUUUUGAAACAAAACAGUAUAGUUGUUUAGAUGUUCUGUUUUCUAUGACCAAUGGUGCUUUUAUUUAAGUAUAUGAGUACAUUAGCGACGUUAUUUGAUCUCGGUGAUUUCUUUCAGGAGUCCCGAAACAAUUUCUUUUCUCUCA